AUGCGUGAAGUCAUCAGCUUGAACGUCGGCCAGGCCGGUUGUCAGAUCGCCAACAGCUGCUGGGAGCUUUACUGCCUCGAGCACGGUAUCCAGCCCGAUGGUUACCUCACUGAGGAGCGCAAGGCUGCUGACGACGAUCAUGGAUUCUCCACCUUCUUCUCGGAGACUGGCAACGGCAAAUACGUGCCUCGCACCAUUUACUGUGAUCUUGAGCCCAACGUCGUUGAUGAGGUCCGAACUGGCGCCUACCGCAGCUUGUUCCACCCCGAGCAGAUGAUCACCGGAAAGGAGGAUGCCUCAAACAACUACGCUCGUGGCCACUACACCGUUGGCAAGGAGCUCAUUGACCAGGUCUUGGACAAGGUCAGGCACGUGGCCGACAACUGCUCUGGCCUCCAGGGUUUCCUCGUCUUCCACAGCUUUGGCGGUGGUACCGGUUCUGGUUUCGGUGCCCUGUUGAUGGAGCGUCUGUCCGUCGACUACGGCAAGAAGUGCAAGCUUGAGUUCUGUGUCUACCCAGCUCCUCAGGUCGCCACCUCCGUCGUUGAGCCAUACAACUCCAUCCUCACCACUCACACCACUCUCGAGCACAGUGACUGCUCAUUCAUGGUCGACAACGACGCUAUCUACGAUAUCUGCCGCCGUAACCUCGGCCUCGAGCGCCCCAACUACGAGAACCUGAACCGCCUGAUCGCCCAGGUUGUUUCAUCCAUCACCGCCUCUCUCCGUUUCGAUGGUUCGCUCAACGUCGAUCUCAACGAGUUCCAGACCAAUUUGGUGCCGUACCCUCGCAUUCACUUCCCGCUUGUCGCCUACGCUCCCAUCGUCUCUGCUGCCAAGGCUGCUCACGAGGCCAACAGCGUCCAGGAGAUCAGCAUGUCCUGCUUCGAGCCCAACAGCCAGAUGGUCAAAUGUGAUCCCCGCAACGGCAAGUACAUGGCCACUUGCUUGCUCUACCGCGGUGACGUCGUUCCCAAGGAUGUUCACCAGGCUGUUGCUACUCUCAAGACCAAACGCACCAUUCAAUUCGUUGACUGGUGCCCCACUGGUUUCAAGAUCGGUAUCUGCUACCAGCCGCCACAGAUGGUUCCCAACGGUGAUCUCGCCAAGGUCAACCGCGCCGUUUGUAUGCUUUCCAACACCACCGCCAUUGCUGAGGCCUGGUCUUCGCUCUCGCACAAGUUCGACCUCAUGUACAGCAAGCGCGCCUUCGUCCACUGGUACGUCGGUGAGGGUAUGGAGGAAGGCGAAUUCUCCGAGGCCCGCGAGGACUUGGCUGCGCUCGAGCGCGACUACGAGGAGGUCGCUGCCGACUCUGCCGAAGGCGAGGAAGGUGCUGAGGCCGAGUACUAG